AUGGCCCUACCCUUCAAAGAAGCAUUAUCUCGCCUUGAAAAUAGGCGUGUCAAGGCUACCAGGCCGUUGAUCCCUCCUCAAAUUCUACAAGAGGAUCUCCCCCUCACACUCCUCGCUGCUCAGACUGUCAUCGAAGGACGAAUGCAGACCGAAAAUAUUCUCAAAGGCAGUGACGAUCGGCUCAUGGUUGUUGUGGGACCUUGCUCAGUGAAUAACGUUGAUGCAGCAAUAGAAUACGCACAUCUUCUCAAAGCUUAUGCCGACGAGGCCAAAGAGGAUCUCUUCAUCGUCAUGCGUGUUUACUUCGAAAAACCUCGAACUACAGUUGGAUGGAAAGGCUUGAUCAAUGAUCCCGACCUCAACGGUACCUUCCAGAUUAACAAAGGUCUGCGGAUCGCGCGGACUCUACUGCUUGACAUUGCCAAACUCGGCCUGCCUGCGGGUUGCGAGUUUUUGGAUACCAUUUCUCCUCAAUACACCGCCGAUCUUGUCUCCUGGGGAGCAAUAGGUGCACGAACGACCGAGAGUCAGGUUCACCGAGAACUGACUUCCGCGCUUUCCAUGCCUACUGGGUUCAAGAAUUCCACUGAUGGGAGUGUUGGGAUUGCCAUCGAUGCCUGUCGCGCCGCUCAAUCAGGGCAUGUUUUCCUCAGUGUCGGCAAGGAAGGGCUUAGCAGUAUUGUCGAGACGGAGGGUAAUCCAGAUGUCCAUGUAAUUUUACGUGGAGGAGCCUCAGGUCCGAACUAUGCUGCCCAUUUCGUUCGGGAAUGUGGCUUGAAACUCGGGAAAGCAGGUCUUUCCCAGAAAAUCAUGAUCGAUUGCAGUCAUGGGAAUAGUUCCAAACAACAUAAAAAUCAGGCUAUAGUAGCCGACGAUAUUGCUCGUCAAAUGGCGGAGGAAGACACUUCUCCCAUGAUUAUGGGCGUCAUGAUCGAGUCCAAUCUCGUUGAAGGACGGCAAGAUAUUCCUCUGUCUGGACCUUCUGGUCUGCGUUAUGGACAAUCUGUGACAGAUGCGUGUAUGGAUUGGGAUAUGACGGUUGAGGUUCUCAACCGACUACGUGAAGGAGUAAAGGCUCGUCGUGCUCGGAUAGCAAAACGCGCUUGA